GAUUUUGAGAUUUUUUUCUAGUGCUCGCUUGCAGUAGAAGAUUCCCUACCGGACUAAUGGUAAAAUCCAUCAAACCAAGAUGGCGUCGCUAGCGGACGAAAUUGCCAAACUCACCAAUCCUGCACCCAAAAGUAUCGACCCAGAGGACGAUAUUUACACUGAAACAUCAGCUAAAGUAGCAGACAGGUUUGAGGAGUAUGAUGAUGAUGAUGAUGAUGACCCCAGACGACCUCAACACAAACAGCCCGUGUUCCUCAGUAGCCUGGAUACGAAGUAUGCUGGUAAGGCCACCUCAAGGAGCGCCCUCCAGGAAGACUGGGGACAGGACGACUCAGAUGAUGAAGGACUGGACCCGAGUCUUGUACAGCCAGCUUUUCAAAUAGAGUCUUCAGAUGAUGAUGAUGAUGAUGAUGAUGCUGUUGAUGAAAAUGAUGAUGAUGAGGAGGAGGAAAAAAGCUCACAAAAGGACACAAAGCAGACUAGUGACGUAACCUUCAACCCAGGGACUUUCACAUACCAAGAUGACUCUGAUGAAGACAUGUAUGAAAGUGAUGCUGAUGAUGAUAAAGAUGAAAGUGACAAUGAUGAAGAAGAAGAAGAAGAAGAGGAAGAUGAGGAUGAAGAAAAUGAAAGUGAAGAAAGGGACAGUCAAGAAGGAGAAGGGACAGAAGCGUGGUCGUUUUCUACACCACAAGACACGACCCAGGAGCUGGCAAAGGCUGCUGCUACCAAGUGUCAGCUUGUGACAGGUCUGUGGGACAGCCUACUUGAGAGCAGGAUCAAAUUACAGAAGGCCCUCCCGCUGACCAAUCAGCUGCCUCAGCCAGACAAAAGGUCAAGUUUCAUCAAGACAGGAGGAGACCCCUUCACAGCAGCAGCAGAAGCAGGUGCAGCAUGUCUGCGAGGCCUCCUAGAUACCCUACUGGAACUGCAGCAUGAACUUCUGGAACAAAACCCAGAAACUUCUGCACUAACAGGAGGUGGUCCGAAUGGAGAAGCAGAUGCUUCAGAUGAAGAAAUCACCAGUGAAGAGAGUGACUCGGAGUCUCAAGCAAAGGAGAAAAAGCCAUCAAAGAAGAGACGACAUGAAGAAGUUUGUGAUUACCCAGAAUGUCUGCAGAAGAGACACAAACUCACCCAGAAGUUCAACCUUUCUACUAUAGAGAAGUGGAGCGAGAAGACAAAGUUGGCAAGUGGCAAGUACAACAGCAAGGCUUUCAGCUCCUUCAACAAGUCUGUGAGUGAGCAGAUUGACCAGAUCCUGGGGGACCAGGACAGGCUGGUGAAGAGGACUCAGCUGAAGAGGUCAUCCUACAAGGUGCUGGGGAGGGGGGCAGACAAGGUCAAGGCUGAGGAACAGGAUCUCCCUGCCAAAUUUGACCCACAUCUGAAGGAGUAUGAUGAAGAGAUAUUUGAUGAUGAUGAUUUCUACCAUCAGUUACUGAGAGAACUGAUAGAGAAAAAAACGACGACCGAUGACCCGACCGAGCUGACUAAGCAGUGGCUGGAGGUGCAGAAACUUCGCAAGAAGGUCAGGAAAAAGGUCGACACAAGGGCGUCCAAAGGAAGGAAGAUAAGGUAUGACGUCCACCGGAAGCUGGUGAACUUCAUGGCUCCUGUACACAACAUGGCCAUGUCUGAGGAGGGCUGCAAUGAACUUUUCAGCUCUUUGUUUGGGAAGAAAGAGAAGAGCAGCAAAACAGAAAGAUGACGACAACAGUUCAUCAUCAGGGAACUUGGGUUGGGAAGUGCAGUGUAUGAGCGCCUCCUAUUGGUGUUUACCAGU